AUGCAUACUACUUUAUUAGAAAAUUACAGUCCGUUAGACCAAUUUGAAGUAAGAGACUUACUAAGUCUGGACGCACCCCUUUUAGGUAAUACACAUUUUUCAAUAACAAAUAUAGGAUUAUACCUUACAAUUGGAGCAUGUAUAGCUUUCUUUUUCAAAGCAUUAGCAACUAAUUACAAUAGAGUUGUAUCUAAUAACUGA